GUGCCACAAGCAACAUCCAGCCGCUGUUCUCGAGGAGUCCACUUUCACUGUAACAUCAGCAGCUAGCACAGACAAACACAAUGGAUUUCAACGUGAAGAAGUUAGCUUGCGGUGCUGGAGUGUUUUUCACGCGAGCUGUCCAGUACACAGAGGAGAAGUUGGGCCAGGCGGAGAAGACGGAGUUGGAUGCUCACUUUGAGAACCUGAUGAGCCGUGCAGACUGCACCAAACACUGGACUGAGAAGAUCUACAGACAGACUGAGGUCCUGCUGCAGCCCAACCCAAGUGCCAGGAUUGAAGAGUUUCUGUAUGAAAAGUUGGACAGGAAGGCACCAUCCAGAAUUACCAAUGGAGAGCUGCUGGGUCAAUACAUGGAGGAUGCUGCAAGGGAAUUCGGUCCUGGAACUCCAUAUGGGAGCACUUUGAUCAAGGUGGGGGAAUGUGAGAGGAGAUUAGGAGCAGCAGAGAGAGAGUUCCUCCAGACGUCAGCCAUCAGCUUUCUAACCCCUCUCAGAAACUUUCUUGAAGGAGACUGGAGGACAAUUUCAAAAGAGCGGCGUCUUUUGGAGAAUCUUCGCUUGGACCUUGAUUCCUGCAAAACCCGUCUGAAGAAGGCCAAGGCAGCUGAGGCAAAGGCUGCGAUGGCUCCAGAUUUUCAGGAGACUAGACCCCGCAACUAUGUGCUUUCUGCCAGUGCCUCUGCGCUCUGGAGUGAGGAAGUGGAAAAAGCCGAACAGGAGCUCCGAGUGGCUCAGACAGAGUUUGACCGCCAAGCAGAGGUCACACGGCUGCUGUUGGAGGGCAUCAGUAGUACACACGUGAACCACUUGCGCUGCCUGCAUGAGUUUGUGGAGGCCCAAGCAGCUUACUAUAAGCAGUGUCAUUUCCACAUGCAGGAACUCCAGAAAGAGCUGGGAAGGCUCCCCAAUGCAUUUGCACUAAACUCCAGUCACACCAUAGCUGCUGCUGGCUCUGCAUCUGAAGGCAUCAGCAGCCCAGUGGAGACAGACACACUGAAGAUUGAAGAAGUUCAGGCACCUGCUACAGGUGCCCGCAAGGCCAAAGUCCUUUAUGAUUACGAUGCUGCUGACUCCAGUGAGCUCUCACUUUUAGCUGAUGAGGUCAUUACAGUUUACACAGUCCUUGGAAUGGACUCUGACUGGCUGAUCGGAGAGAGAGGAAACCAGAAAGGAAAAGUGCCGGUCACAUACCUGGAGCUGCUCAGCUAAAGAUCACACACGCAUUAACACACACACACACACACACACACGUUCACGUGCAUGUGUGUGAGUGAGUACUACUAAAGCCAUGAGGAUAUUUCAUUCACUGCAUUAAAUGUCACACUCUUAACUAACCUGUAACCUGCAGCAGCACUCCAGCACAGUCAGCAUUCGCUAAAGUGUUCAUUUAACUCUUUGAAACCUGGAGUGACAUCACUUUUCUUGUGGUGCGUUCAGAUGCCUUUUACAAGUAUUUAAACCUAUGAUCCCUGAGCGAGUUGGCUUGCUUUCUUUUAAAAACAGGGAAAAAUAGGCAAUGAGCAACUUCGCAAGAAGUGUUCCACAA